AUGCAGCCCUUCGCAGCCCUUUUCGUCGCCGCGGCGCUGGUCAACAGCUGUACCGCCGGCUCCAUCAGCUUAGGCCACGGCGGCGGCAGCAAUCUUGCUUGGAUCGGCGGCCAGGACCCGUGCAAAAAGGCCGUCAAGCUGAACACCGCCAGCGGCUGCGGCGCGGUCACCCAGUUUCGAGACGACGCAUCCCACCUCUACUUCCAGUUGCGCAACUGCGGCAGCGGCGACAUCGAGGUGUGGACCUGGCUGGGGUUCCCGAAUCCGCCUCCGGGCGACCCCAAGCUGCUGUCGACAUGUAGGAAGCGCAGCCCGCUGCAUUUCUGCAGCCCACCUAAUAUUUUGGAGCCUUACUCGUUCCGCAUAACUCAGGACUGGGAAUGCUUCUACUAGGGCAGGGACAAUCCUUUUAACUUUUUGUGGGCGGCCCUUCGGGAGUGGAACGGUUGGGAUUACAGUGUCUUGGGUAGACAAAGAAUGAUUCAACAUCAAACUCUAUUACAACCCCCAUGCCGACCGAUCGGUCUGGGCCGGCCUGGGACUGUAACACCGGUGGACGAGUUGGGCACAGGGCGGAUACGCUCCUACAGGCGACGUGGCCCAUCAUAACCUGCGCGGCUGGCCCAUUCAGGUUCUCGACUCAAAUCCGUGGGACAACUUAUAUUUACAUUCAUUCC